AUGGUUACUGGUGAGCAAAUCGAUCACAUUGCCAUUGUUGCCUCUGCGGUAACAUGGCCGUUCGCGGGCAUCAGUACUGUGCUAUUCUUCAUGCGCAUAUUUGCGCAGUUACGGCAUACAACUCAAAGGUCGUAUUGGGAAGAUCUCAUGUUAGCCCUUUCCUGGAGCUUCGCUAUCGUGCAGGCUGUCAUUCUUCAGAUAGCGCUGAACGCCGCAAAAGAUCUCGACAUCAAUAACCAACCGGGCACCGUCCCCAAGGCUGCGUUUUGGGCGAUUAUGAUGAACAAUUGGUCGUUUUUGAGCAUAGAACUUCCGAAAGUCUGCGUCGCGAUUCUACUUGUUCGCCUGUUUCGACCGGCACUCUGGCUCCGGAUUGCCAUCUGGGGCCUUUGUGUGAUAAUUAAUGUAGUGGCAGUCGGCGGCUUUAUAAUAACCUGGGUGAUGUGUAACCCAGUGGCCGCACAAUGGAAUCCCUGGAAAUAUCCCACAGCCAAGUGCUGGCCUCGCUCGACCCAGAUCACCUACGCCUGCGUCUCAUGCGGCAUCUCCUCGUUCAUCAACAUUGCCUUCUCCGUAUAUCCAGCUAUUGUUGUUUGGAAGCUGCAAAUGGCCCGCUGGAAGAAAGUCGGUACGAUUGGACUUAUGGGCCUGGGGCUGGUAGCUUUCGCUUUUUCUGUAGUCAAGCUCUACUAUAUGACAUUCUUGCUUGCCGAUCCCCCUCCCGUGGAGCUCAUCUACCUCUGUGCCCAACUCGGCAUUUGGAAUCGUAUCGAAAACGAUUUUGUUUUGAUGGUCGGCCUUUUGCCCUUUGUGCGUUCCUUCUUUAAGGCAUGCACGAAUCUCAAGGCGCACUCUUCCUCAAGCGGCUCACGCUUCAAGAGCGAUCAGUAUUACUCAAUCAAUUCUCAUAAGCAGCGCAAGGACCCCGAUGACCAACUUGAUGUUGAAAUGAGCUCGCUCGGACGUCAGCUCAAAGAAGAAGCCUCAUCUUCUCUCAGUUUUGACAGGAAUCACGGAGGCAAGCUAGCUAAGCCUGCAAGUUUCUCCUAA